AAUUUUUUUAUUUUUUUAGAAAAAAGAAAAUUUUAAUCAUAAUCUAAAUGGCACGGAACUCUUUUCCGCUCAGUAACUUUUAUUUAAACCCUAGUAUUGAUGAUUUGAACUUGGAUGGUUUAACUGAUGAAGAAAGACUAAGGAUUCUCAAUGUUGUAGAAAAAGAACAGAAUAUUGUUUACAAGAAAGGAAGUGUUGCAAUGAAAGGUCAAAAAAUGGAAGGCCAACUCAAUAAAUUUACAAAUCUUGUCAAAGGUUGGCAAUUCCGUUGGUUUGUUCUUGACCCAGAAAAAGGAACAUUAUCCUACUACCUUGAUAAAGAAAAAUCUCGUAGCCGUGGUAUAUUAUCACUUGCUGGUGCAGUAGUCUCACCAAGUGAUGAAGACUCCAUGACUUUUACAAUAAAUGGAGUUAAUGGAGAUAUCUUCAAAUUAAGAGGUACAGAUGCAAAAGAUCGCCAGCAUUGGAUAAAUUUAAUUCGUGCUGUUGCUGAGUUUCACACACAAAAUGCCUCAUCUUCAAAUCCUGUUGUCAAUAAUAAAUCUAAAAAAUCACCUAAUCUUAAACAUUCUUCAUCACUGUCACUCUCUAAAUCUCCACUAAAUCUUUCUAAAUCUAUUAACACUCAAAUUUCUCCUAAAAUGUCAAAUACACCAGACAAUCCUAUUAAAGAUGAGUUGAAAAAUAUUAAUGAUGCCAUCACUAGUGUUAUUGAAUUUCAUUCACAUGCUAUGGAGGCACUUCAGACUGCACCAAAUCGAGACUAUAUAAUUUCACCUUUAGAUGAGCAAGUUCUUCUUUUCAAAGCAACCUCACAAGCCACUGUUAAUAUUCUUCAGCAGUGUUAUGGAAUUCUUCAAAAACAAUCAUUAGAUAUUCAUGGAUCAGCUUGUACAAACCAACAGAUGUCCACAGGCACAACAAUUAAAUGGAUUGAACCACAAAAUACUCAGCUUGAAAGAAGUGUAUCACUAACUAGCACUGAUAGUUGUGAGUUCAAUACUGAUUCAACAGUUGUGUGUAAUGAUUUCAAGAAUAUUGAGCAAUAUAUGGAUGAAGAGACGGAGGAUGAGGUUGAUCUCACAAAUUGUAAUGUUGAGGAUAUGGGCUCCAAUAAAAGUAUCAUACUAAAUUUAUUGUCACAACUUAAACUGGGAAUGGAUUUAACUAGGGUUGUAUUACCAACAUUUGUUCUGGAAAAGCGAUCUCUUUUGGAAAUGUAUGCCGAUUUUUUUAGUCAUACAGACAUCUUUCUUAACAUAGCAGAUGGUCAAACACCAGAAGAUAGAAUGCUUGCUGUUGUUGACUUCUAUUUGACUUCUUUCCAUGUUGGGCGUCAGUCUUCUGUGGCAAAAAAGCCUUAUAACCCAAUCCUGAAAGAGCACUUCCACUGUUCAUAUAAAGUUGUAUCAUCACAUCAAACAUUACUUGAUGAUGAAGAUACUAACAAAAGUUUAAAUAAAGAAACUUCUAAAGUAGAAACUCAAGCAGUUACAGAUUCUCAAGAAUACCAUUAUCUUAAUUUCUUAGCUGAACAAGUUUCACACCAUCCACCAAUUUCAGCAUUUUAUGCAGAAUGUAAAACUAAAUCCAUUAGUAUGAACACUCAUAUAUGGACAAAAUCUAAGUUUUAUGGGAUGUCAGUUGGUGUUGUAAAUGUUGGUGAAGGUGUCAUUAACCUUCCUCUCCAUGAUGAAGAAUAUGUGUUAACAUUUCCAAAUGCUUAUUGUCGCUCAAUUUUAACAGUACCAUGGAUGGAGCUUGGUGGGCGGACAUAUAUUCGUUGUCCUCAGACCGGAUACAAUGCAACCAUUUUGUUUCAUACAAAACCAUUCUAUGGAAACAAACAAAAUUAUAUAACCUUUGAAGUGAAAAAUGCAGAACAAAUAAUAUGUCGAGGUGAAGGUUAUUGGGAUGGUCAAAUUGUGUUCAAUUAUUCAAGUCCAAAUUCUAAAAAUGGUGAAAGUAGAGUACUUGACGUUGCUAGUUUACCUGUUACGAAAAAGAUGGUCAGAAAAAUCGAGAAACAAUCAGAAUUUGAAUCAAGAAAGCUUUGGCAGCACGUGACAUCAGCAUUGCGAAAAAAUGAUUUAGAAGUUGCUACUAGCGAGAAAUAUAAAUUGGAAGAACAACAGCGGAAAGAAAAACAACAGCGGUUAUCCUCUGGAAUUGAGUGGAAACCUCAGUUCUUUCAAAAGCAUAUGGACGGUUGGUCGUUUAAUCCCCAACUUGCAAACGUUCGUCGCAGAAGGCUUAAAUCUGUGAUAGAAUAAACAGGAUAAUUAAAAAUGUUUUUGAAUAGUUUUUCAAUUAUUGAA